GGCCCGGCGUUUGCCCCGGAAGUGGCUCUCCUGACAGCUGCUGGGGAGGUGGUGGCGGCGGCAGGCCCGGAGCAAGAUGGCGCUGCGGCCGGGAACGGGAGCUGGAGGCGGCGGGGCCGCGGGAGCUGGCGCGGGGGCCGCCGGAGGAGGCAGCUUUAUGUUUCCGGUUGCAGGUGGAAUAAGACCCCCUCAAGCAGGUCUGAUGCCAAUGCAGCAACAAGGAUUUCCUAUGGUCUCUGUCAUGCAGCCGAAUAUGCAAGGCAUGAUGGGCAUGAACUACAGCUCUCAAAUGUCCCAGGGACCUAUUGCCAUGCAGGCAGGGAUACCGAUGGGAGCAAUACCAGCAGGAGGAAUGCCUUACCUGGGACAAGCACCGUUCCUGGGAAUGCGUCCUCCAGGCCCACAGUACACUCCAGACAUGCAGAAGCAAUUUGCCGAAGAGCAGCAAAAACGAUUUGAACAGCAGCAAAAACUCUUAGAAGAAGAAAGAAAAAGACGCCAGUUUGAAGAACAGAAGCAAAAGCUGAGACUUCUGAGCAGUGUGAAACCCAAGACAGGAGAGAAGAGUAGAGAUGAUGCUUUGGAAGCCAUAAAAGGAAACUUAGAUGGAUUUUCCAGAGAUGCUAAGAUGCACCCUACUCCAGCAUCACACCCUAAGAAACCAGAUUAUCCCACAUCUCAUUCUACUAAAACUGUCUUUCUUGAUGAAGAAGAAUUCAGUGACUUUAUGCAGGGGCCUGUUGAAGUUCCCACAUGUGGGCCUUCUUCCACUUUUCAGUCUUUCCAUCCCACCACCCCACUUGGCCAGUUGCAUACACAGAAGGCUGGACCACAGCCUCUCCCUCCAGGCCCUUCCUUGGAGGAGAAGCUCCUAGUAUCUUGUGAUAUAAGUGCAUCUGGGCAGGAACAAAUUAAAUUCAAUUCUUCUGAAGUUGGGCACAAAGCUCUGGGCCCAGGUUCCUGUAAGAACCAUCCCAGUUUAACGGCCAAUAACGGGGGUGCUGUAGAUGGACGUGUCAGUGGUACCACUACCACAGAGGCAGAAAAGACUUCAGACCAAAACUUGUCCAUUGAAGAGAGUGGUGUGGGAGUAUUUCCCUCACAGGAUCCUGUUCAGCCCAGAAUGCCUCCUUGGAUUUACAAUGAGAGUUUGGUUCCAGAUGCCUAUAAGAAAAUUUUAGAAACCACAGUGACUCCAACUGGAAUAGAUACUGCUAAACUUUAUCCCAUUCUGAUGUCAUCUGGACUUCCCAGGGAAACUCUUGGACAGAUAUGGGCCUUAGCUAAUCGAACCACACCUGGCAAGCUUACUAAAGAGGAACUUUAUACCGUUCUCGCCAUGAUAGCGGUAACACAGAGGGGUGUUCCUGCCAUAAGUCCCGAUGCUUUAAACCAGUUCCCAGCGGCUCCUGUUCCAACUUUAAGUGGCUUUCCUAUGACUUUGCCUCCUGCGGUGAGUCAGCCGACUGGGAUGCCUUCAGGCCCUGCGGGCUCCAUGCCCCUCAACCUUGGACAGCCAGUCAUGGGCAUUAAUCUUGUUGGACCAGUGGGAGGAGCCGCAGCCCAGACUUCCACUGGCUUCAUGCCAACUUACUCUGCAAAUCAGGUGGUAAAACCAGAAGAAGAUGACUUCCAAGACUUUCAAGAUGCUUCUAAAUCAGGAUCCCUUGAUGACUCAUUCAGUGAUUUCCAAGAGUUGCCUGCUUCUUCAAAAACAAGUAAUUCCCAGCAUGGAAGCAGUGCUCCUUCUUUGUUGAUGCCACUCCCUGGAACUAAAGCAUCUGCUUCAGUGGAUAAAUAUGCUGUGUUUAAGGGAAUUGCAACUGACAAGUCCUCUGAAAAUACUGUUCCAUUUGGAGAGCCUGGUGACAAAUAUAGUGCUUUCAGAGAACUCGAACAGACAUCAGAGAGCAAAUCUUUAGGAGAAAACUUCGCAGAAUUCAGAUCUGCAGGGACUGAUGAUGGUUUCACCGACUUUAAAACCGCUGAUAGUCUAUCACCACUAGAGCCACCAACAAAAGACAAAACUUUUCCAGCAGCCUUCCCCUCAGGAGCUAUACAACAGAAACCACAAGCACAAGUGAAAAAUCCUCUGAACUUAGCAGAUCUAGAUAUGUUUUCCUCAGUUACUUGCAGCAGUGAGAAACCAUUGUCCUUUGCAGCUGCAUUUAGUGCACCGAAACCUGUUUCCACACGACCCCAGCCGGCGGGGUCUGCCGCAGCUGUGUCAGCAUUGGCAUCAACUAAAACUUCGAGUCUGGCUGAUGAUUUUGGAGAAUUCAACCUUUUUGGGGAAUAUUCUAGUCCAGCAUCUGUCGGGGAGCAGGAUGACUUUGCAGAUUUUAUGGCUUUCACUAAUAGUUCUGUUUCAUCUGAGCAAAAGGCGGAUGACAAGUAUGAGGCCCUUAAAGAGGAAGCUAGUCCUGGCCCCCUGCCCAGCAGCACCAGCAGCACAGGGAAGAGUGGACAGAGCUCAGCUGCUGUGUCAACCAAGUACGAUGUCUUCAAACAACUCUCUUUGGAAGGGUCUGGACUAGGUUCUGAAGAACUGAAAGAUAACACUCCUUCAGCAAAGAGUGAUGAUGAUUUUGCUGACUUCCACUCCAGUAAGUUUUCUUCCAUGAACUCGGACAAAUCCCUGGGAGAGAAAGCAGUGGCUUUCAGACACACUAAGGAAGACUCUGCCUCGGUGAAGUCCUUGGAUCUCCCUUCCAUUGGUGGCAGCAGUGUUGGCAAGGAGGACUCUGAAGAUGCACUCUCUGUUCAGUUUGACAUGAAACUGGCUGAUGUGGGAGGAGAUCUUAAACAUGUCAUGUCUGAUAGCUCUUUGGAUUUACCAACAGUUAGUGGCCAGCAUCCUCCUGCUGCAGAUAUAGAGGACUUAAAAUAUGCUGCUUUUGGAACCUGCAGCAGCAGUUUUGCAGUGAGCACACUCACGAGCUAUGACUGGUCAGACAGGGAUGAUGCCUCUCAGGGCAGAAAACUCUCCCCAUUUGUCCUCUCAGCAGGAAGCGGAGCACCUGCAGCUGCCUCAGUUCUUCAAAAGAAGGAGACCUUGUUUGGCAGUUCCGAAAACCUCACUGUGACAUCUCUCUCCAAAGUCACAACCUUUGCAAGUGAGGACGCUCUUCCAGAGACUCCCUUUCCAGCUUUUGCCAGUUUUACAGAUGCGAUUCCGCGGGCCAGCGAGCAAAAGGAAUAUGAAAGCGGGGACUAUAAGGAUUUCACAAGACAGGACCUGCCUACAGCUGAACGGAGCCAGGAGGCCACGUGCCCGAGCCCAGCCUCCAGCAGCGCGUCUCACGACACCCCCAAAGAAUGUGCAGAUGACUUUGGGGAGUUUCAAAGUGAAAAGCCCAAAAUCAGCAAGUUUGACUUUUUAGUGGCCAAUUCACAAGGCAAAGUGAAAUCCAGCGAAGAAAUGAUCAAAAGUGAGCUGGCAACCUUUGACCUUUCUGUCCAAGGGUCACACAAGAGGAGCCUGAGCCUUGGUGAUAAAGAAAUAAGCCGUCCUUCCCCUUCCCCGGCUCUGGAGCAGCCCUUCAGAGACCGCUCCAACACGCUGAGCGAGAAGCCCGCGCUGCCUGUCAUCCGCGACAAGUACAAAGACCUGACGGGGGAGGUGGAGGAGAAUGAGAGAUACGCGUAUGAAUGGCAGAGAUGCCUGGGGAGUGCCCUCGAGGUCAUUAAGAAGGCAAAUGAUACCUUAAAUGGAAUCAGCAGUAGUUCUGUGUGCACAGAAGUAAUUCAGUCAGCCCAAGGCAUGGAGUAUUUAUUAGGUGUGGUCGAGGUGUACAGGGUAACCAAGCGUGUGGAGCUGGGGAUAAAAGCCACUGCAGUGUGCAGUGAGAAACUCCAGCAGUUGCUAAAGGACAUCGAUAAAGUAUGGAAUAACCUAAUUGGCUUCAUGUCACUUGCCACACUCACGCCUGAUGAAAAUUCACUGGAUUUUUCCUCCUGUAUGCUACGGCCUGGGAUUAAAAAUGCUCAAGAACUUGCUUGCGGGGUGUGCCUUUUAAAUGUGGACUCCAGGAGCCGGAAAGAAGAGAAGCCUGCAGAAGAACAUCCUAAAAAAGCGUUCAACUCGGAGACAGACAGUUUCAAGCUGGCAUAUGGAGGACACCAGUAUCACGCCAGCUGUGCCAACUUCUGGAUCAACUGUGUUGAACCAAAACCUCCUGGCCUCAUCCUGCCUGAUUUGCUCUGAAAUCUCCUGAAAGCUCUUCCGUGAAGUACCAGCUGGGGUCUUUUUUCCAUCACACCCCCUUGGGGUGACAGGGACCAAGAGACAGAAUGCGAGUGCUACUGAGUUAACCUCCACCCACCUCCAUGAAAAAGUCCUCAAGAGGUAAGGGGAGUGCUGCCAAGCUCCCAGGCAGUCCUACGGACGGCCUUUGUCCCCAGGUUCCCAUUGCCGGUCUGUGGGAUCUGAGGUCGAGGUGCCCCACCCACACUGCAUGUGUCGCCACAAGUUUGCCACCUUAUCGCUAGUCCUCCUAAGGUGUUUUAAAAUAUGGACCACAAUUUCCUUUAAGGAAUAAUUUGCUGCUGUGGUAUUGAAACUGUGAAGAAUUGACAUUUGGAGAAAAAUAAAUAAUUAUUGUAGGACUGGAGUUGGUUAGAAUGGUUUGAGCCAGUGUCUGUUUCUGUCCGGAACACUUCCUGUCCUGUGAAGGAGAGAGCAUUUAUCCACACUUAGUUUGUUAAUAUCUGAAGUGAAUAAAAAUGGGAAAUUGUGAUUAAAUUGAUAUUCUUUCAUAGAAGAAACUCUGCUUCUCUCCAUUGGACAAUGGCAGGUGGGUGAGGGCAAACUGACUAACUUGACUCCCAACUGAACCCGGUAGCUACUCCAUUCAUUCACUUCCAAGACUGUCAACUUUCAAGAAGACUUUCUCAAAACAUGCCUGAAACUUUGCAGUGGAGAAGAAUGUUUGACAGAGGCCCGGAUCGUGGUGUAUCAGGAUAAAUAUCGUUCCGCUAGCCUUCACUGAAAGCCUUGGUUUACCUCACACACAGACUGUGAACGUGGUAUUUUUCUCAGACGAGAUUUGGAAGGGCAGCUGAGUGAAAUCUCUUUGCAGAGGCCUCUGGCCAGACUUCCAGAAAUGACUGCCCAGGGGCCAGUAUUGCAGUAUCUCUGUGAAAGACCUGAAAAUUAAAUCUGGGUUAGAAGGUGGAGCUCCCAGCCAAGCAAGGAGAAAAAGCAGGAUGUGUGUCUGUGGUGGAGGCACAUCACUUAGAAGCAGCGGCAGCAAGUUGUUCAAAAACAGCCCCGGAUUUUAGAAGGAAAAGGCUCAUGCUGUCUGGUUUAGGGUAUUUUCUUUGCCACUUAAAUUGAAUGUAUAAAAUCGGGGGGGAAAGCCCAGUGGUUAAGGACUGCGUUAUUCCUGUGAAGAACAUGCCCGUCUAGGACACUUCUCUGAAUUGUUAAUUAUGGGCUUCAUGAAGGGAUUUUGAAUCUUGUGUGUUUCACUUGGUCUGUGGCUUAAGCUCUCUGACCCAGACUUCGUUUUUCUUUGUAAACUGGGAAGGUUGGUUUUGUCCCUGCAGUUGCUGCUUUACAUAAUUAACUAGAUCAUUUUCCCUUCUCAGGACAAAACUUGAAGAAAUUCUCUUUUGUUCCAUUUUACGCCUUUUCCUUCAGUCCUCUCCAAGAAAGGUAGAGAACAUUGUCAUUAAAGAGCUAUUGAGGCUUCUGCUUUGCCCUGCUGGGCGCCAGAAGGCACAGGGAAGUGCUGAUGAGGUAACUCUGUUUUUCUCAUUUGCUUCAGACGAUACCAUCUCUGGCGAGUAAUGCCUGAGACCACGGUCUCUGAAUCGUCACCUUCAGGGCCUCGGCCCCACAGGGCUGGUGGGUGUUAGUAACGGCAGCGUGGGCCGGUUUCCAGCAGGCUUUGCCUGAGGCCUCUGUGCUCCCUGUCAGCCUGAUCAGGACCUAGGGUUUCAACCUGGCACCAGAAUUCAAGCAGCUUUCUAAUCGGUCUUGUGCAUUCCACCUUUGUGACAGAAAAGCGUCCCAGUUUGACAGAAUUUAUACUGCAGAGACAUUUUUGGGAAACGCCACAUGGACUGUUCUGUCACAGUGGUCCGUAUCAGUGACAUUUUUAAAAGUAUGCACACCUGUUAACUAGAUUGGUUCCCAUUUCUAGAUAUGUUCCAGAAUGCCUCAGAUAAGAUUCCUAAGUCUAAUCACUGCUGACCUUACCAAGUAUGACAGGGUUAGGCACUCCCUGGGCGGUACAAGGGGAAGGUACAGCUGGCAUCAGCAAACAGCCUUUGCUAGAAAAAAUAUUCACUACUUGCAGUAUCUGAUUCGUGGUAAAAAUGUUUUAUUAGAUCCACCAAUAAAGACUUAGGCAAUUGGAA